GUUCUGCUAUGCGAAGUACUUUUUCCUUAUGAAUGUGUAUCAUGUGCCACUUUGGUGAAGGACCGAUCUGCCAGUAAUCCUCAAGUGGACGCUGACUGAUAUAGAAUGUUAUAACAACAUGUUACUUUUAUUCACAUCCUCUGUGACCUCAUAGUAGCUGCAGCUAUCGAAUGACUGAAUCUUACGUCACUUCUAAGAACUUCUUCUAAUUUCCAGUCCCACGAACCCAUCCAAGUAUACUUCUCCGCGAAUCACUUUCAAUGAUAUUCCGUUCGUUGACGAAAGCAAGAAGAAACUGAUAUUAUCAGUUGUUUCACCACAUAGUGACCGAGCUGAAGUCGUACGUCACAUCUGCAGCGUCAUGUUCGCUCUACCACAAGGUCGUCAAGACGCUAACCCCUACUACGUGCCAUCGGAGUACAGACAGACGGAGAAGAACGGAAAAUAUCAAGCGAAGGGAGGUGUGGACGAUCAACAGGUGAGGCGAAGCUUAGAGGAUGAUGCGAAGGAAGGUAGUAGUGAUGCUGUAAAAACAGUUGUAGAAAAACAGGAAAAAGAUACUACUGGGAGAAGUCGGGAGCUGGCGACUACUCCAUCAAAAGGUCGGGGGACGUCGGACGAGAAUAACGUCGAUUCUUCAGCUAUGAGAUCAUCAGAGGACGAUGAGAAGCUCUUCCAAGAGAGGGACGAGACAGCCUUGUACGAGUACGCGAACUUGCGUACCUUGGAUGGAAGAGGGGAGAAAGGACGGAACAAGGAUCAUGCCCUUUCUUCAGUCGAUGCAGAUGAUUAUGUCGAAGGCCCUGGUGAAGGUGAUGAAGACGUAGCAGACAUCAAAGCAGACAAAGGAAAAAGAAAGAUCACCAGGAGUGCGCUGAUUUCGAGCGACACUAAUGCGUGGAAGAAGGGUGAUGUACUUGAGGGAUAUUCAUCGCAAGAAGAAGAUUUCUUCACAGUAGGACGCGCAGUCGGUGGCUAUCUUUUAGCUGGAGCAAGGAGCAGUGGCGCGAGCAGUCAGUUCUUACCCUUUGGCUUGGGUAAUUUGUUCGCAGCGGUGGGAGAUAAAUUGGCUUCUGCCGUUCAUAGUAUCUCAGCACGCUUGUUGAUGUCAAGAACUGGUAAUGACGAAGUCCAAGAAGAAGAGAAAGACCUCAAUGUUGACCAAGACGAAGGUGAAGACGAGAACAGAAGACUAUCCUCCUCAAAAGGGGCUCAACAUCUAGGGCAGCGAACGCUGGAGAACACGCGAGGACAGGACAUCGCUGACGCAGUAGAGUGGGCAUCAACAGACCACAGUACAGAUCACAACACUCUACUACAGCAACCAGGGUCGUCAACAUCUUCGUCUUCACAGUCUGGAAAUUUAGUACCAUCUCCGACUUCCUCCUUCUGGCAACAAUCUUCUCACUCUAGCACAGCAGACCAACAAAAUCAAGUGGAAAUUCCAUCAAGCGGCACGGAUUUUACAGACCUAGAGCGUGGGAAAUUGAUAAAACACCUUUCCGAUGGGGCCGACGACUGGACAGAUCCCAAUGGGAGUGUCCAAUACAUCGUAUACCUGAUUCCACCACACGACGAGGAUGCGAUUGACUCUCCUACGACGACUGGUCGUGGCAAGAGGGACGAGACGUCUGACCAUGCUAAAGAUUAUGUCUGAUGAAUCAUGUACUACUUCUAAACAAAGUGAAGGUUCUGCAUGAGCAAGUUCCAUUAUAACUACGUUAGAAGUUGCCUUUUUCCUCUGUUUUUCCCUAUCCGCCCUCUAAAAACUAGGUACAAAAGCAUCCAGCACCGCCUCCGACGCUGGUCAUAAAGACACAAGCAAGAAGAAAGCAAAAGCGGGCCAUGUUCGCACCAGACAUGCGGAAUUUGUCCGUUUAUUCGAGGAGAUGCGUCAAAUCUCCAACCUAAUACUCUUUGACCUCUGCGCACCACCAGUUUUUUCUGGGUCAAGAAAACUGUCGGAUAUCACGUUCGUAUACGACUCCGACGUGGUUCUUAGCGGUCUCAUAGAGACCAGGCUUCCCAACCUAGACCACAUCGUUCUGCUCUCCGAGAAGAUGUUCGUGCAGACGCAAGAGCUCUGGUCAGAUCUUCAUGCAAUGAAGCAGUAUCAUGGGAAGAACAGUGUUCAUCAAGUCCCGGAAAUCGUUAACGUCAACGAGGAGGUGAGCUACCAGCUCCAGAGACGUACACAGGCAACACCUAGCGACCUUGGAGAUUUGGUCAAGAGUCUAAAACUGGAUACCCUAUUGUUAAGUCGUGUUACCAGGGUUACCACAUUGCAUUCUUCACUACCUCUACCAUCCUUGACUUUUUCUCCAGUAGGAAAAGGGUCAGGGAUGAUCUGAAGAAUGCAAUGUCGCAACCUCUAAUAUUGACCAAUCAGAUGCUCUGGAUGUCGGACUUGGAUAACACGAGUCUGGAGAGGGAGACUGGUGCUUCGGGACCUUCUCUUGUUUCUUUAGGGUCGGGAGGAGUACGGCAGUCUGCACUUGACGUUCCAGCUUCGGGGAACAGUGGAGGUGGAAAAGCUAGUCCUAUGGGCAACAUCAUAAAAUAAACUGUAAAUAGUUGAAGUACUUGUAACUAGAUUUCUGCCAGAUUGCUCUUCUUUUUAGAAGGGACAAUUAGGCUGAACUACCUCGUCAACGCUAUUUGACCACGUAGCUUAAGAGGACACAUGACAUGACAUUGGUAGCUAGGACAGAACAAUGUUCAUGCUUCUAAUCUUCCCCCAGCCCCCGCCCGCAUGGAGAACAACGACUACGGGGUUGAUCCGGCCUUCAGCUACUACCAUUCAGAUCACUACUCCUAUUCCGGUUACGAAGAUAACAUUUUCGUCUGGAGUCCUCCUGAAGCUGGCCGCUUGAACACAGAACAGUAUCUGGGCGAAGAGUACACGUGGUUAAGGUCAGCUUUUAGUGUCCAUUAUUCUCGGCAUCUUCUUGGUACCCUUUUGUUCCCCUGUAAGUAUUCUUCUCAUGAAUUAUAUUGCAAGGUACUAAGUAAAAGGGGUCAAGAUGUUGAGGGGGCCGAGAUGCAAUCUAGCAGACUCUAACGUGGGCACAGUGUAUCCUAAAUGCUGACCGUCGUAGUCUGUCGACUUCAUCAUCUUCAGCUUCUGGUGGAAAGCGACAGUUGGCAGAAGCUAAUCCGCCACAGGAGGGAACAGAAAAUGCACAGGCAUCGCCACAGCAGAAUCAAGUAUCAGUACACGCAAAUCACGGCUUAGCCUUCGUCUACGGUCGAGCGCCAGAGAUGCUUCGCUACUUACACGGUUUGGACUUCCUCCUCGAGAAAUGCGGGCAUCAUAUCUUCGCGGACGCUCUCGAUUUGGCUUUAUGGAUUAGAUUUCCUAGAUUUCACUGUAGUUCGAGAUCUGUGAAAGAACGUAUCGAACACAAAGAAGAUGGAGUCCAUCAUACAAGACAUACAAGAAGAUGGAGUCCAUUUCACUUUUUCAUACAAGACGAUUUCUAUACUCUUUCCCUGAAGAAGAUCUUUCUUUCUUCUAACUCAAAAGCACACGCGAGGUGGACCCAAAAAAGAGAGUGACAGCACUCUUGAUUCUACUGCGGUGCAUGGAGGUACGGUAUUGAACGCGAUAGCAACACGACUGUUGCAGUAUUUUUCGUACCAUCCUGUGCCUGGUGCUGAGCUGAUAUGGCACCAAGGAGUUGGUCACAAGCUGGGAUUCGGCUGGAAUGCCAAGCAAGUCCGGACGAUGGACACAGCGCCGCUAUACCUGCAGUACUACUCCUAGUGGACUAAGACGCACGUUCUUGUCGAUUUGACUGUUGAGGAAAAGAAAGAUGUGCUGAGAUACAAGAAUGCUCUCGUAUGCGAUUGAGAAGAACUUUCCACUCAAAAAAAUGCGCAGGUUCCCCUUUCUGUACAAAGGCGUGAGGCAUUUUCCACAGUAUCUAAAGCCAAACUGGCAAGUGGGACCUUGCACAGAGUGGGUGGAAACGAAAGGUAAAGACGUGGCUGGACACGACGUACCAAAUGGAGCUUUCUCGAAACCGGAUUUGGCACUUAGGAAUGAGAAUUUCAUGAUGAGUGCAGGACUCACUGCGUCUGUCGACUAGAUUUUUGACAGUUGUGAAUUUUACAAGACUAGAAGAACUUCACCAAAGAUUGAACACUCACUUUCACGCCUCCACUAUUGACCGCUUCUAAGAACAAUUGCAAAGACGCCUGCAACACGGAGCACACAUGCGAUACAGUUGCUUAUUUGGCUGCAAGCAGAAUGUGCUACCUGAAAUCAGAGGCGCGACAGGCACCGACGGUGGAGAAAUCGGGCAUUUUCUUGGCGCAAUGCAAACACGAAAGAUACUAAAGAUCGAGACAGAGGUUCUGUAUCAAUGAAUUAUAAUCAUUUGCAUUUUUUGAACAUGACAGGUGUCUUCGUACUGCGAAGAGGGUCUUCGUACUAAGCAUUGGAGUCUGGAGGGGUCAGUGGCUAGAGUUAAUACACUUCCUAUGAUUUUUGAACAUAGGGUCUUUCAUUCCACUCAAGUUCUUGAGAUACUUAACAAGCUGCAGCUGCCACCUUAAGCGAAAUGGCAUUCAAGACGGGUUCAUGGAAAACAGGGAGAGAACAAAGGACAUCGCAAAUUCUCAAAGUCUGGGUCUUUCUUUGCUUGAUCAGCAAGUCCAAGUGAGAGCAUUUUUGUUAGCCUCCAACUAUCAACAAGUAUCUGAUGGAAACGAAGCAACAUUUUUGAACAAUCCAGGAGACAACUACAUUGAACCUGGAUUAUUGUUCUCGGAAAGGGAGCAUC